AUGGAGAUAUACGCGUUGAUCGAGGAGAUCCCGUAUCGUGCCGGCAGUCUGCAGAUCCGCUACGGUUGCGGUAGCCCGGACCUGGUCUACUGCCAGACGCUGACCGGCCCGUCCUCGACGUAUUACGACCCCGGCUGCUACGCGGAAUACCAAGAUCCCCGCGGCGCCAUCUGCAGCGCCCUCUACAAGCGCAAGGCGGGCGUCAUCCCACCCGAGAGCACCGACGCCGCCAGGUCGAGCGGGACCGACGAGCGCAGACGGCUAGCCGCCGCUCGCAGGGCUGAGCUUGCUCAACAGGCGAUUAACGAACGUCUCCACAUGGUACUCUUCUUCCACGGCAUCCUGCUGCCCAUCUGCGUCGCCAUUACGGCCCUCGUCUACUGGCUGUACAGGCGUGAGAUGCUGCGCCGCGAGGCGCAGAUCACCGUCAUUGAGGUGGCUCGCCGGAAGUAC